AUGACCGGCUCUCAUCAUAAGGCCGCCCGGGCGAUCUCGGUGGUUGCAGGCACGCUGGUAGCUCUGUCCUGCGGAACCAAUUAUGCAUACUCAGCAUGGGCGCCCCAGUUUGCGCAUCGCAUGAAGCUCUCGUCGACCGAGAGUAAUUUGAUCGGUGCAGCGGGAAAUCUGGGCAUGUAUUCGAUGGGCAUCCCAAUGGGAUUGUUGACGGACGCUCGUGGUCCACGACUGAUCACCCUGGUCGGUUCGGUCUUGUUGGCCUUGGGAUACUACCCAAUCUAUUUAGCGUAUCAAUCGGGAGAGGGAUCGGUACCAAUCAUCUUCCUGUGCUUUUUUGCUUUCUUGACAGGAACCGGUGGCUGCUCUGCCUUUGGCGGUGCCAUCAAGACAGCUGCCUCAAAUUUCCCCGAUCAUCGCGGCACAGCAACCGCAUUUCCCUUGGCUGCCUUUGGGCUGAGUGCGCUGUUCUGGUCUAAUGUUUCCACGUUCAUCUUCAAGGAUGACACCAGUCGCUUCCUCUUUCUAUUGGCGCUUGGAACGUCUACCCUCUCUUUCUGCUCGAUCCCACUCCUUCGAAUCUUCCCUGUCGAGUCCUACGCGUCUCUUCCUCACCAUGCUCCUAGUGACCUUGGCCAAUCUCAGCGGAUGCGCCGACCAAGCAAUGUGCCUGAGAACUCCGAUGAGCACAAUUCCACUGCAUUCGAUCAUGAGCGAUUAGCACAUGCGCGCACCCAGUCUACUGUGUCAGCUCACCGAGCUUAUGGUGCUGAUACUGAUGAAACUUCCUCGCUUGUGUCUAAGCCCGACGGCAGACCAUCUUUCGACACGCUGGAUGAUGAGUUCCUGGGCGAUGUAGCCCUGGAGGCGCACCACCCGGAUAUUCGUGGGUUGACGAUGUUGCGCCAUGUUGAAUUUUGGCAGCUGUUCCUGACCAUGGCUCUGUUAUCUGGAAUCGGAUUGAUGACUAUCAACAAUAUUGGCAACAGCGCCAAAGCCCUAUGGCUCUACUACGACGACAGUGCUACUUCCAAAUUCAUCCAACAGCGACAGGUUAUGCAUGUCUCGAUCCUCUCAUUCUGUAACUUCCUCGGCCGUCUUUUCAGUGGUAUCGGUUCGGACAUUCUCGUCAAGAAACUAAACAUGUCCCGCUUCUGGUGCCUUCUAAUCUCAGCCGUCGUCUUCACUCUAACCCAACUCGCCGGCUCCUCCAUCUCUAACCCGAACACGCUUGUUGUUGUCUCCGCCUUUACCGGUGUCGCCUACGGAUUCUUGUUUGGUGUCUUCCCUUCCUUGACCGCCCACACCUUCGGCAUUGGCGGCCUUUCCCAGAACUGGGGCGUCAUGACCCUGGCCCCUGUCUUCAGUGGAAAUGUCUUCAAUAUUCUAUACGGCACCGUCUACGACCGGCACUCCGUCAUUGGCCACGAGGGUGACCGCGAGUGUCCCGAUGGCCUGGUCUGCUACCGCUCCGCCUAUUAUCUGACCUUUUUCUCCGGUCUUGCUGGAAUCGGCGUUUGUUUGUGGAGUAUCUUCCGCGAGAGGCAGAUCCACAAUGUAGUGCGGAAAAAGACCAACCACCGGCUCGCAUAG